ACGAAGAGCGAGUUGGAUUGUGAAUGCCGCGCGGGCAUGAGCGCAUGAAUCAUAUAGUCUGCCUUCCAGUUUGUUUUAGACAGUGGUAUAGGGUGCACGAUGACGGUGAUUCAGUUUGUGUGUGUGUUUAUGUUUUUUUCAUGAAUUCCCUUCGGUGUUUAGAUGUAUCUCGUGCGCCCCCGUAUUAAUUAAUAAUCAGCUAUGCCCCAGCCGUCAGAUCUUCCACCAUCCCAGCAUUGCAUCGCCAGAGCGCUUUACGACAAUGUAGCAGAUUCACCCGACGAGUUGGAGUUCAAGAAAGGCGACAACCUGAUUGUGUUGGAACAAAAUGCCGGCAACAUCGAGGGCUGGUGGUUGUGUUCCCUUAAAGGCAGACAGGGUAUUUGCCCGGCCAACAGACUGAGACUAAUCCCUGGCGUUUUCGAGGACACGGGCCAAUCUUACGACAUCAAUUUCUUGCAGAAACAAGGAAUCAGGAGAAGUUGGCACAUUCAACCCAAUCAGGUCGUCACCCCGAAGAAAUUCAACGAUGUUUACCUAUACGACAUGCCCCCCCGCAGCAGCCCCCUGCCGGUCGCGUCGCCUAGUCCCGGCCUGAGCCCAGGGCUUAGCCCCCGGGAUCAGUGCGGGGACUACGACGUGCCGCCGCGUGCAAUUCCAGUAAGCAACGAGAACUUUCGCAACUGUCCGCGAUGUUCGCCGGCUCCGUCGUGCGCUUCGCCCGUCAACCGUGAUUUCGGCGAGGCGUACGACGUACCGCGACCCCUGCACAACAAUCCCCUCACCCUGACCCCAUCCAGUUCGGCCAGCUCGCUCACCGCGGAUUCUUUAAGUUCAUCAAACCGCAGCAGCCUGGCCAACAUGCCCGACUACGACGUGCCCAAGCCGCACAAUCGCACCGUGCUAAACAACCACCACCAGAUCUACGACGUGCCGCCAUCGCAUCCGCCGAAGGAGCUGCCGUUGGAGAUCAAUUCCGCACUUGAGAACCUGGAGAGACUACAGACUGACACGACCAGCGCCAUUUCGAAGCUCCUCGGUUUCGUGGGGCCUCAAUGGCGGAGUCACGACAAACUGGAAUCCAACAUGAUGGAGAUCAAACUUGCGAUUAUGCGGCUCAAGACGUCGCUACACGACCUUGCGGAGUUCGGCGAGGGCACGCUGGGCAACGCAGCUAGAGCUUCCGACAAGAAUUUGGCGGGCAAACUGACGCCCCUUGUGUUGGCCCUGAAAAAGUCCGACAGUCUGGUUCAGGAGGCAUGUAGACAAUUGAACAAGCAGAACUGGUCGGUGGACGUCCUAUCCCGCAGCGAAGCUGACGACAAGUGUCACAAGCCCGACGAACUGGAACAACUGGUGGCCUGCUCCAGGGCCCUAACAGAAGAUAUCCGACAGAUAGCGUCGUUCAUCCAGGGCAACGGAACACUACUGUUCAAACGUGAGUCUGGCAACAACAUAGAAUGGUCCGACGAACACGAUUACGUCAGCCUAGAAUCUAAAGAAACCACCAACAAAAACCGAAUAGACAUACUGAACGACCUUCCCCAAGAACUGCGAAAGGGUUUCAACAACUGCAUCAAGAAUGCGGACGACCUCGCCUUCGACGAGAAGUCCACAGAACUGGCAUCCGACGACAAACAACUUCUGUCGUUCUACGCCGCCCAGUUGGUGACCCAUCACGAACACCUGACACAAGCCAUCGACGCCUUCUUGGACAGCGUGGAACACAACCAACCCCCGAAGGUGUUCCUGGCUCACGGUAAAUUCGUAGUUCUCAGUGCCCACAAGUUGGUGCACAUCGGCGACACGGUCCACAGGAACGUGUCCUGCAAGGACAUCAAGGAACGAUCGCUGAAUUGCUCAAACUCCCUGGCGGAAGCUCUCGCCACUAGUGUAAAUAAGACGAAGCAUGCGGCCUUACAAUUUCCAUCUGUGACUGCGGUCCAAGAAAUGGUCGACUCCAUCGUCGAUAUAUCACAUAUGGCGAAGGAUCUUAAGGUAUGCUUGGUGCAGGCUGCGGCACCUCUGUAAAUUUUCGACUGAUUUUACUAAAAUAUAUAACUGAUUAUUUUUUAAUAUAUAAUGUACCACUUGGUUGGUCUCAUUUUAAUUAUUGAGUGUAUAUAAAAUGGAUUAUUGAUAAAAAUAUUGUAUAUAAAUUAUAUUUUGUUAAAUUAUUUCAAGACGCACAAAAAGCAGCUUGGUGUUUUUUCUGAGUUUAUCAAAGAUUUUGUUAUUUAUUGCUUUAAACAUUGUAAAACAACAGCAUGUCAUUUAUACUAUUAUAUUUUUGAAUUUAUAAUAAAUUCAUUUAAUUUUUUUGAUUUGUUUUUUUCUUUUAAUUUUUCUUUCAGGGGGACGAUUAUAAUUUUUUUCGCUUUAUUAGACAUCUCUAACACAAAGUGGUAACGAAUAUUCUUGAAUUCAUUGUCCAUGAACUUUUCAUUAUUUGUAAUUAAAUUUUUGUGAAAAUAUACAUACAUGAAAUUGAGUUCCAUAAAUACUCCUAAUUGUUAUGGAGCAAAUUACUUAAUUAUUUAUAAUUUCGAUAUGAUUUAUUAUAUCGGGGCCUAGUUUGACUGUAAGAGAUAAUUUUUUGGAAUGUAAUUAUAAAAGUUUUGGUUCAAGUAUCAAAUUUUAUAAUCAUUCCUUAAUUUAGGGACUCACAAUUUGCAGUCUUUAAGCACCCUCAAAAGUAAUUUGAAACGUAAGCAAGUUUCACGUUAGCAAAAUUUUCGCACGGUUGAUGUUGGAAGUGGAUAAUUUAAUGUAACCUGACAGCGUAAGUUGUCGGAAUUAUAAACUUCUUUAAAAUUAACUUGCAUCGUGUCGUAAUCAUAUGGGAGGGAAGCAGUGGGUUAUGUUUCCAUGUCCGAUUGGGACCAAAAAUUUGUAACACGUAGCAAAUACCACCUUAGGAGUUUGUUUGUGAACACUGGUUUGUGUAUUGUUUUCAUAAAAAUAUUUUAUUUUUAAAUGGGUAAUGCGGGUCUCUUAUGAUAUUGUCAAUUCAACUGAAACUUUAAAAUUCCUUAUAAAAACGACUAAUAGCCACUAGUGCGAAUACUAUAAGAUUUUUAAAAGAAGAUUCAGUUGAUGUGUUUAUAAGGGAUGGAAUCCCUCCUUGUAAACCACCAAUAUCAUAUGAGUUUAUUAAUUAAAUUUAAUUUUAAUUCAUUCAGCUGAUAUAAAUUGGUAUCUCGUAAAUGUGUAUAGUUGUUGCAUGUAUGUGUAUAUAUAGUAAGUGUAUAUAUUUAGGUAACGGGGGUCUCAAGGAAAGACUGAUUCUUAAGAUAAAAAUUUAAAAGUAUGUGUGGUUGCAUUCGGAAAACUUAAAUUUUUAUUAUUGAGAUGUAUUUCUGAGCUCCCCACAGAUAGAUAGAUAUAAAUUUAUAUCCCACCAUCAUAAUGUGAAUUUCAAGGAUAAUAUUCGGUACCACAUUUACAAAUAUAAAUAACACAACCAAAUAACAUCUAUAAAUUCAUUGCCAGUAAUUUUACUGUUGAGGUGUAAUGUAUAUAGGACAUGUCUUUAGAAUUACAACAGUAGUCUAGUAUCUUUGAUAUUAAAUCUUGAUUGGGGUUAAAUAGACUCAUAAUUAAUAUUAUGCAGCCUUGUAGACGGCCUACUACAAAAUUAAAAGCAAUUACCAAAAACAAGAACUAAAGGAUGACAAACACAAACUAACAUAAGCUGAUCAAAUACUCAACAAUGCAUAAUUGCGACACUUAGAUUGUACUCCUAACAACCUCUAAAUCUUAAUGUGAUAGAUUUCAGGGAAAUCCAAAACACAGUUUUUCGUUCGUGUUUGAUGUAAUUUUUUCGUUAAAUUUAGGUGUAACACAAACACGAAGUAGAUAUUAUGCAAUUAAACGAGCAACAUGAGUUCAAUCCGGGUAAUGAUUGCCGCAUUUGCCGUUAUCUAGUGAUAAAAUAGAUCUUCCACCGCUUUUUCAGUCCGCUUCGUUGUUCAGUGCACUCACUUAUAUGCCGUUUUAAUUUGCCGAAUUCAAUUUACGUUGGUUAAUCAGGGAUGUAAUCAAUUUAUUUGUGUAAGUUCGCGGAAAACACAGAUUUGACUAUUAUUCUUAAAUUGAAGUUGCUGAAAUGUGUAUACACUUCCAACUGCGACAGAGUGGGGGAUGUGGACCUGCGCAUGAGUGGUACCUAUUAAAGCACUGCUCAUGAUCAAUGAGCGUCCUUUUUCGAGGAUCGAAGUGAGGCUUAAAUAGCGCAUUGGCAAUUAAUGUGAGGGUAAUCGUUAACUGUUGGUGUAAUUUAUUUGAUUACCUUUAUUUAAAUCAGGAAGCUUUAACUUAGCAAAAAUUUAAAUCGCAUCUUUUAUUGGUCAUGCACACGUUGUAUAUUUAUGGCAAAAAAAUAUAACGAGUAAAUGAUGUUCAUUACUAUUUCCCUGACAAACUGGCUCUGGCGUCUGUCACAGAUGCCAAGAGUGAUCUUCGGUAAUUUAACUAUGUACAUUUAAGUUAACUAGUUUACAGUAGUAGUAAGGGGCGAGUACGGGAUGUUUAAACAAUCGAAUGAUCUACAGUUCCGAAACACUGCCGAACAAUCGAUGUGUUUGAACAAUCGGAAUGAUUGGUCGUCGUUAAACCGACCGAACAAUCGAGAUGUUGGACUCGAUCGUCUCGGCUGUACCGCCCUCUUCUCGACUGUCUCAAUUCAACUGCCUCGAUCCUGCUACGAGACCGUACAAUCGAGAACAACCGAGACGUUUGUACGGUCGAGACAAUCGGCUAUUAUCUUCCGUACUGGCCCAUCACUAGUUCACAGUUUUCCUUUGAUCCAAUCGGUUAAAAGAUUACAUCUUCGUUUUUGAUGUAACAGAAUUCUAAAUUACAACAGAUACGCACACUUGCAUUGAAACGCAUAAUAUCACUAUAUUUAUAAAUAACAUAGGCUAAUGUUACAACUACCACAGGGUCGAUUUUGAUUGAAGUAUUUUUGGCAAUGGUACUUCAAUGGACGACAUUACUGUCACGGGGUCGCCGUUAAUUGAAGUAUUUUGGGUAAUGAUACUUCAAUUGGCGAUUCCAGGGUUCGUUUGGAUUGAAGUAUUUGGAGUAGUUGUACUUCAAUAGAAGACAGACAUUUAUUCAGAGUAAUGAAAAUAUUUUCGCAAAGUGUAUUUUUACAGUAAUUUUAUUGUAUUACAAAGAAUUAAAUUAAUCAUUCGGUUUUAAAUUUGGAAGUUAUUAAUUUGUUAUAGGACAUGUAUUUAAAUUUAAAUUAACUAGAAAAUCGUGUUAUCGUUAAUAACUUCUAGAUUUUCUUAAACGGGUCCGACGUUGUGAUUAUCAGUUAACAUUCAAUGUUUGUUUACAAAUGUUUUUGAUGCAUGGCUCCUAAGACAAUUGUAAGGAAGAGGUUGAUUAAUUAAUAAUUAAAAUGUCGCUCCUAUAACUUUUGUAUUAAAACAAUGUCUACCAGACGCGUGAAAAUUUUUAGAAGAUGACCAAAUUGGACUUAAAAUUCAAUAAAUGUAAUCUCAAAACUACUUUGUCGUCUAAAAAUGGACACCAGAACUCCUGUUUGGUUUGCAUGUUUUAAUACGUUGAGAAUUAACGCACAAUGUAUAAUAAUAAUAAAUGUACAAAAAUGUAAAGUUAUAUUUGCAGUUCAAAUUUAAACAUGGCUUGAAUUGAAACAUUUAAUGCGAUCCAUGUUUAAAGGAAUAACCGAUACGCACAAUAUUUUCAAAUAUUGAUAAGUGAUUUUGUCAAUAUCUGCAUCAGUGAGGUGAAUUAUUUUAGGUGUUUUUGACCUCACUUUUGAAAUAUUGAAAUUUUUCAAGUAGGGUAAGUUUUCUAUUUCGUUAUAUUGUAGGCGUUAAUUUCUGUCAUGAUUUUAAAAAAGUACUUUUAAAAUUACUUUUUACUUCAUUAAAUUAGGUCUGAUGUGAUUUACAUAAAAUUGGAAUACUUAUUUUCUGUUAUACAUUUAACAUUAUACAUCAUCAUAAAAUUAAAAGUAGUCCACGCAAUUGAAAUUCGCACAAUUAAAUAUAAGGAUUCAUUAAACAUUUUUUUUUACAUUUUAGCCAACAAAAAGUGUCAUUGCUUUGCUAGUAGUUAUUAACAAUAAAACGAUAAAUUACCUAUAUGUAGUUUAGCAAAUUAAUUUUAAAUUGAAAAAUCCGUUAACAAUGCGCACAAUUUUCAUGUCUGAAUAAACUAAACGCACAAAAGAUUAGGGUAUGAUACGUACAAAAUUAAUUAGGGAAAAACUUAACCGAGUUACAACAAAAAAAUCAACAAACAGGGUUGAGAUUUUCAAUGGGAUUUAAACAUCAAUUAAUAACAUUUUAAAAAAUUAAUAAAAUUUCAUUCAUUUCAUUUAUUUUUUGAAUAACUAUGUUUUGGUGUAGUUUAUUGGAAAAUCUCAUUAAAAAAUCCACCAAUUUAAUAAAAAGUGAGCCAACGUUUAAAUUUUACUUUCGAUUUUUAUCUUUUAAAAAUUUGUUUUGAUAUAAGUAUUUUUAUGUUGAUUUGUUGGUUUUUACUUAGAAAUUAUAACGCACAAUUUAAAGCACAAAUCAACUGCGGUUAAGUUUUUACAAUAUAUCGCAGUUUCCAUAAUUAUAGUUUAAGAACAAAAUAACAUUAAUCAUAAUAAUAAACACAUUGUCGAUCGUUGCAAUCAAUGUGUAAAUAACUAAAACUUCACAAUAAGACUUAUGUCACUCUUAAAACAAUGAAACAAAAUAAUACUAAUACUAAUAAUAAUAAUAAUAAUUAACUUGUAAGUCAACAUUCUUCCCCUCAAAUUGAACGACAAGAAAUUUAAACAUAACUGUUUAAUUCAGAUCGCAUGGUGCUAUGUAAAUAUGAAAUAUCUGGACACUACGAAAAUUCCCCCUAUAACAUUCUUUUAACCUUUGAAUAUCUACCUCAAAAUUAUUAUAAUGCCAUAAUUAAAUUUAAUUUUAAAAUUAAGAACUGGAACUUUGUCACAAAAUGUACUGGUUUGAUGAUGUUUUCCCAAAAUUAUUUCCAAAUGAUCCAUGAUAAAGUUAAUAUUCUUGUGAAUAAUAAUGUUUUUCAUACCAGCACUUUUUGAAAAAAGAAAAAUGUCACACUUUGCAGUUGUUUACAAAAUUUAAUAGUAUCAACUCACAUCACAAGUACUCGAAAAAUUCACCAUUCGUAUUACUAAUAACAAAUUAACAUAUUAAAAAAACUUAUUUUGAGUGAAACAUCGAAAAAUAUUGUAAAUAUUAACUUACAGCUUGGAGAAGUUGAAUUAUAGCUAAUUGUUAAUUAAAAUUCAGACUUGAUUUUUCGUCGCUCAAACGUGUCUCAGAAAAACAGGAGGAAGUGUUGCUUGUAAGAUACUUUUUCCAGCAUUUUCCUGAGAAUCAGUUUGGUUCAAUUGAAUUGUGUCAAAUUCAAUGAUUUAAUUUUUUUUGUUCAAACAUUAAAGAGGAAAACAAAAUAAAGUUUCUCCUGUAAAGAUCUUUUCUCUGCAUUUGUCAAUGGUGGUCAAUAAAGAGAGGUUUGAACAAAUUGAAUUGGGACAUUGAAUUUCACACCGUCCAAAUGUUUUUCGGAGAAGAAAGUGAAUUUUUUCUCCGCACUCCUCUAAAAUACUUGUUAACUAAAGAUCAGGUUUGAUUAAAUUUUCCGUCGUCCAAACGUAUCUCAGAAAACCACAGAAAGCCUUGAUUACUAUCUAAGUUUCUCAACAUUUUUCUGUGAUUCGGUUGGGUCCAACUGAAUUGUGUCAAAGUUGUUUAUUAAAAUUCAAAGUUGUUUGAAUUUUUCGUUGUUCAAACAUUGUUGAGAGAAAUAAGAGAAAGUUUUGCACUUUCACAAUGCACAAUUUUUUAUCUGCAUUUCUCUAUGGUAGUCAAAUAAGAAGUUUGAACUUAAUAAAAAUUCAAGCUCGAUUGAGUUUCUCGUCGUUCAAACGUUUUUCGGAAAAGAUGGAGAGCUUUUCUCUGCACUUCUCUAAAAUGCCUUUGGCCAACAUCUUUCGCAAACUUAUUAACUACUUGUCGGAUUCAAUUAAAUUUUCCUUCGUUCAAACGUGUCUCAGAAAAACCAAAGAAAGUCUUCAUUAUUAAGAUAUGUUUCUUAGCAUUUUUUUGGGAUUUAGUUUGGUCCUAUUGAAUUCUAUCACAAUUGUCUAUUAAAAUUCAACGUGAAUUGAAUUUUUUGUUGUUCAAACAUUGCUGAGAGAAACAAGAGAAAGUUUCGCAUGUUAAGAUUUAUUUCUCUGAAUUUCUCUUUGGUGGUCGUUAAAAAGAGAUUUGAACAACUUGAACUGGAACAUAGUUAAUAAAAAUUCAAGCUCGAUUGAAUUUUGCGUUGUUCAAAAGUUUUUCGGAGAAGAAAGAGAACUUUCUCUCUGCCCUUCUCUAAAAUACAUUUGGACAAACAGUUCUUUCGUAUAUUUGUUAAUUAAACAUCAGACUUGAUUGGAUUUUCUGUAGUUCAAAUGUGUCUCAGAAAAACCAAAGAAAGUCUUGGUAAUUAAGAUAUUUUUCACAGCAUUUUUCUGAGAUUCGGUUUGGUCCAAUUGAAUUCUGUAAUAGUGUCUAUUAAAAUUCAAACUUCAUUGAAUUUUUCGUUGUUCAAACAUUGCUCAGAGAAAUAGGAGAAGGUUUCGCAUUUAAGAUUUUUUCUCUGCAUUUCUCUGUGGUGGUCGUUAAUAAGAGGUUUGAACAACUUGAACUAUGACAUCGUUAAUAAAAAUUCAAGGUUGGUUGAAUUUCACAUCCUUCAAACGUUUUUCGGAAAAGAAAGGGAACUUUUUCUCUGCGCUUCUCUAAAAUCCAUUUGGACAUGAUUUUCCGUAUAUUUGUUAACUCAAGAUUAAAUUUUCCUUCGCUCAAUCGUUUCUCAGAAAAAUCAAAGAUAGUCUUGGUUAGUAAGAUAUUUUUCCUAGUAUUUUUCUGAAAUUCGGUUUGGUCUAAUUGAAUUGUAUCAUAGUUGUCCAUUAAAAUUCAAAGUUGAUUGAAUUGUUCGUUGUUCAAACAUUGGAGAGAGAAAUAACAGAAACUUUUGUUAAGAUUUGUUUUCUGUAUUUCUCUUGUGGUCGAAUAAGGUUUGAACAAAGUGAACUGGAGCAUAGUUGUAAAAAUUCAAGCUCGAUUGAAUUUUCCGUGGUUUCAACAUUUUUCGCAAUAGAAAGAUAACUUUCUCCCUACACUUGUUUAAAAUGCUUUUGGACAAACAGAUCUUUCACAUACUUGUUAAUUAAAGUUCAGACACGGUUAAAUUUUUCGUCAUUCAAAUGUGUCUCAGAAAAACCAAAGAAAGUCUUGAUUAACAUGACGUUUUUCUCAGUGUUUUUCUGAGGUUCGGUAUGGACUAAUUGAACUGUGCCAUAGUUAUUGCUUAAAAUCCAGUUAUUCAAAUUUUUGUUAGAGUAACAAGAGAAAGUCUCUAAACCUAAGAUAUUUUCUCUGACUAUCCCUGAUUUUAAGAUGAAAUUGGUUUUAAACAAGUUGAACUGUGGAAUAGUUUUUAUUUAAAAUUCAAACUGGAUUGAUUUCCUCGUCGUUUAAACGUAGGUCGGAGAAGAAAAAGAAUAUUUUCUCUGCACUUCCCAAAAUUGCAUUUGGACCAACAUAAUCCUCUCGUGUACUUGUUAAUUCAUACCGGAUUAAAUUUUUUGUCGUUCAAAUGUUUCUCGGAGGAAAAGGAGAAACGUUUUUGGAAUUUUUCUCUGCAUUUCUCUGAGAUGCUUGUACAUUUCUGCAAAUUUUAUGUGAUGAUCGCAAGCUUCUUGUAAAUAUAAUCUUACUGAAAAUAUGGUUGCCGAUUAAAACGAUUUCAUUUGUGGAACAUCUUUAGUUAAUGCCCUCUAAAUUUUUAACUUGGACACCGUUCUGAAGAGUCCCAAUUUUUUUUUUCUAAACAUUCAUUUGUCUUGGCUCAUUUUUCACCAUUUUUCUAAGAUCAUUCCCGUUUUAACAUAAAUUUCCUUCUCAUUAUAACUAUCGUGGAAUGAUCGUGAUUUUGGGACCAGAUGUUUUGAUAAACAAGACGUGAACCAACACAUAUCAGACAUGUAACUCUCCCUUAUUAAUAUUUUGUGACACAAACACAAAUCGUUUUAAUUGAAAUAUUUGUAUAUGCUAUAGCAAUAUGUAUAAAGUAGGUAUAAUGAAGUGAAUUGCGACAAUCAAAUGAGUUGGUUCGUAAGUGUCCCACCAACCUCCGCAUGGUCGUCGAAAUUCAUUCGUGUCAAAUGCUAAUUUACUUCUAUUAAACAGCGUUUUGCUACAAAACACAGUAAGUUCCUUUAUUUAUUAAAAAAGCAAAACGUGACGAUGGACUGAAAACUCCGGAAGCGAUUUAUUCCAAUUUGAUAAUAAGUCGAAGUAAAUUGUGUUCGGAGUAUUAUUUUGCAGUGAAAUUAAUGCAUCAAUAUCACAUGUCCAUAAAUGUAUUAGAAUAGUAAUUUAGGAUAGUCACAAUAUCAAAACUGUUGUACUAAUUUGUCCAUACCACCUGAACCUCGUGGAUAAAAUUAUUACAAUUUAACCAGUUGGAAUGAUUUUGUCUGUACCACUACCAUAUAGACAAAAUUAAUUCAAUUUAACCAUUUAGAGUGAUGAAACGCAAUAGUUAGACAUAUAAUUUUAACUGGCUGCAUUUACAAGGGCACCCAGUUUGAUUUUUGCAAGUAUUUUCGUAAAAUAUGACACAACACUUGUACGCUAGUCAACAUAACACGCACAUUUUCAGUGCCUUUCUUUGUAUGGUCAUUAUGUUGAUUUGUUUUGAUGUCUCAUGUCAGUAACGCUUUUCUCGGUUUCUGUCGUGAAGUUUAACAAAAAAAAAACAAGCUACGGCGAUAUACUAACUUAGCGACACCAAAAGACGAAGAGUAAAGCUACAGGUUACCCGAAACUAAACUCAAAUAACAUAAAAAGUGACGGCUGUGCAAUAGAACGGGCCAAAAACAUUUUCAUCACCUUAAACCACCCAUUUUGAGAAAUGUUUUUGGAUCAGUUUUAUCAUGUGAAGCUUAUUCGCACUACUUCAUAAACUGUAAAUAAAAUACAAUGUAAAUAACUUUAGUAUUAGUAUUUACAUAGACUAACGUGUGAUGUCUAUGAUAUUUAACUUGAAAUUACCACGUAACUGUUAAUUAAGGGAUGGUCGUGUUACCUCGUUAUUUUUAGCAAUCCGAAAUGUCGGUGGACAAAAACCGAUUUUUCCUUCGCGCAUUUACUGAUGCAAGUUUAGAGAUACACUUGAUGCACAUUCCGUGAACAAUAAAUCCGUUACAAGAAAACUGUAAAACUGCCAGAAAUGACAAUUGUAACAAUUAAAACCAAUCAAGAUUUAAUUCCAUUGAGGUAGGUCACAAUGGAGAUUCAAAGAAGCAGUUCUGUGAUAAGCAGAAAACACUUUUCUUGACUUUAGUUGACCAACAACUUGCUGGCUGUGAGAAUUAAAAAUACAUGUUUCAUAUCUAUUUGGAAGGUAAGGAAAGAGAUAAGUUAAAGAAGUUUUCUCAAGAAAACUUUUUAUUUAUUGAAAAUAGUAUAUUUCGGCUGAGUAGGUCUUAACAGUGAGAUAUGUAAAGAGGGAAUUCCGUUAUAUAAGGCGGACGAAUCGGAUAUUCUCGGCUUUAUGUGAACAAUAACUGAGGGCCCUUUUUGUUUUUUUUAUUAAAUAAUAUAAAUGAGACCAACCACAUUUAAUGUAAUUGUAGAAAUCAACAACAGUCCCUUAUAGCGACCGAAUUACACUACUGAUAUAUUUUUAUAUAUAUAGCCAUAAAAUACAUUAGAGUUUGUUUAAUAGCAAAUUGCAUUUAAUAUUUGUCCAGUUUUAGCUUUGUGCGAGGUCUUCCAAGGAAAUUAUAUUAUAGCAAAAGAUACAUAUAAAUUCGGUAAUUACAAGGGAUGUAGAGUUCUGUAGAAUAGAGUUGUUGUAAAUUUGUAUUUUUGAAACAUGCACUUUUAGUUACUACUAAUUUUCCAAAAAUUAGUUCAGACACCAAAAGUGGAUGUUUUAAAAGCUAUAUGCAUUUUAUGAUAUCUCGAUGUAUUACAGUUUAAUGUGAUAUAUUUAAUACUUUUAAAUACAUUGGUCAUAAUUUCAUCAAGUACAAAUUAAAAAUAACCGUUUUAACACCAACUGGUAUUGUUUGAUAUUACAUUGCAUUACAGUAUAUAAAAUAGAAAUUAUCUAUCGAAAUAAUCAAUAUAUAGUUUAAGUUUCCACCAAAUUGCUACAAAAUUUAAUUGAGAGGUUGUUUUGCUGAUAGGAUAUGCAUGUUUCAAAGUCAUUUUACAAAAAAAUCAUCAUCACCAAUGUUUCUGACUUGUGUGUUAGUGAUUACUGUAUAUAUGACUGUAAAUUGGCUAGAUUAAUAAUGAUUUUCGAUUGUUAUUAUUCCACCGAUUUUAUCGAAACUGACGUAAUUAACAUCUAAAACUGCUGUCAUGGAUGAGCACAAAAUAGAGGAGAACUUGUUUAAAAUAAUUUUUAGAUUUUACCAAAAUCAUACCCGAAACAACAUCUCUAAAGAAAAAAAUAAUUGUAAAAAAAAAUAGGUAAACUUGGUACUGUCGACUAACUUGAAUCGAGAGAGCACCGAUUUAGGUUACUCGACCCCAAGUUUAUUUAAAUGAAAAUUUAAUUGUACGGAGUUUAAAUGAACUUGGUUGGGAUAGAAACAAUUUGGGAGAAGAGCAAAAAAUUGUUACUACUUGAUACUAGGCUCAUAUAAGUGUUGCCGUACUAAAGUUGGUAUUGAGGUAAUCUAAAUUAAGUAAGUAAGUAAGUUCAAACUCAAAUUUCGCAUAUUCGAAAUACUUUGAUUAGGACUAAUCAAAAAAUGCAUCGCCUAUAUAAGUAAGUAGUAACUGUUUUAUACGCUAGUGUUGUUAAUUAGCUGGGAAUUUUGAUUAACUUGGUGUGGUUAAAUGCCUUAAUUCGUGAACCUUCUCGGGUAUCUGAAACUAAGUUUAAAUAAAUGGAUCUUCUAUUUAACUUUAAGGCUGGUGUGAUAUUAAACGAUGGCGAAAACUUUUAUAGGUAAAUAUGGCAUCACACCUUUUUCAAUACUAAUAUUAUAGAGUUAAAUAAAUCAAUUUCAGAAUCAAAUUAAACUUACGUUGUAAAAAAUAUUUAUCAUCAACGAAAACAAUUGUUGUAGUUAAAGUAAUACAGUCAAGGAAAAAGAAUUAAAUGUAUUACAUUAAAUAUAUUCAGCUUCAGAUAUAUUCAAAUAUUACUUCUAAAUGUUUCCAUUUGUUUGGAAAGAUAAUUACCUACAAAUAUAUCGAUGGCUGUAAUUAUCUUUCAUUUAAAAAUUCAUUUUCAAUAAACAUUUUAAUUGAUUUAUUAUUAUCAUUUAACAUUUUAAAGAAAAUUUUGUUAAAUUAAAAAUUAGAUUCUAAAAUAAACUUAAUCAAAUUAUUUUUUUGGAAAAUAUUGUAAUUUUAUAUUUAUUUAUAUUUAGGAAUUAGUGUUUUUAAAUAAAUAUUAAAAAUAUAUUUAAAUUGCUUUUUGCAAAUAAAAGUAUUUUCCCAUACUAAUCUAGAAGAAUUUAAAAUUGAUCUAUAACGAUAUGUAACUAUUUUGAGGACUGUUAUACGUACGAAAUAUAUUUGUAUUUAAAUUCUGCUUGUAAAAAAUCUCAAAUGAGCAAUUCAAAUUUUACAACACAAGGUGUUUUAAAAAAAUGAUUUACCUUUGGUUAUUACUACUAUUAAAUACUCUUCUAAGACACAUGAUAACAUUUGGAAGUAUGAAAAAUUUUAAAUAUAAAUGUUUAGAAUAGAAAUUCAUUUCCCUAUAUACCGUAUCAAAGUAUUGUAAUUUUAUUAGAAUACUUCCAUGUUUAUAAUUUGUAUAUAGUAUGAUUAUGUUACAUACUUUAGUUUAAGUCCAUAGUGUAAUAUAUACUUAGUUAUUUAUUUUUAUAUUUACGAAAUUAACAUUUAAAAAAGUUCCAAUAAAAUUAUGAAUACCCAAAA